AUGGCCCCUGCCCCAAUUGACCCCAUUAUCCCAAUCACCAACACCAAGGCGCCACCAAAACCCAAAAAAGACCUCGACCUGCCCGCACCAGCACGGCAGCGGUUAGAAAAGGCAGGCAUUGACCUGUCAGAAGGAUGUAUACAAGGCCCGCUCCGAGGAGCGCGAGCACGUGGAGCUGGCCCUGCGCGCCGACAAGUCAAGAAGGCGCUGCUGGGGGCCGCCGCACAGGUGGCGGACCUGACGACGUACGUCGGCACCGAGAUCGAGGGCUUGCAGUUCGAGGACUUGACGGACCGGCAGAAGGACGAGUUGGCGCUGCUGGUGGCGGAGCGGAGCGUCGUCUGCUUCCGCGACCUGCGACCAGCACCUGAGCCUGCAGCAGCAGUUUAA